UGUUUACAGCACAGGAGCUGCGACUAGAAGGCAGCGCUUCUCCCUAGUUCAAACCUCAGCUGGGAACCUUACCUCCGCAAACUCCAAAUUUUCACCCUCUGCGCAUGCCCGGGAAGAACCCCAGAAAGUACCGUGAUGAUUGAUUUUGGGGUUACAAAUACAUUUUAGCAAGUAAGUGAAUUUGGCAUUACGAAUUAAUGAUUAAUGAAGGUCACCUGUAUUUCCAUAGAUAUGUAAUUUUAUUUAAGCAGAUUUAUUAUAUUAAGGUGGCGAGGCAGCGCCGAAGACUACAAGUUCCAGCAUGCACCGCGUCUGGGCGGGUUCGGGCUCCCAGCGAGGGCCUCUGGGACGCCAGCCCGGAGGCAUCGGCCGGAAGUGUCGUAGGGCAACCACGUAGUACUCUCUGCGCAUGUGCAAAGCGCUCUAGGGGGCCGCCCUAGCUGCCGUCGCCUCCGCCGGGGCUCUAUGGUCUCUCCCUAGAGCUUUGCCGUUGGAGGCAGCUGCUGCGGUCUUGCGAGUUUGACCAGCGUCGAGCGGCAGCAACAUGGAGGAAUUCGACUCCGAAGACUUCUCUACGUCGGAGGAGGACGAGGACUACGUGCCGUCGGGUGGAGAGUAUAGUGAAGAUGAUGUAAAUGAAUUAGUGAAGGAAGAUGAAGUGGAUGGUGAAGAGCAGACACAGAAAACCCAAGGGAAAAAAAGAAAGGCCCAGAGCAUUCCAGCCAGGAAGAGAAGACAAGGUGGCCUCUCAUUAGAAGAAGAGGAAGAGGAGGAUGCCAAUUCAGAAUCUGAGGGAAGCAGUAGUGAGGAGGAAGAUGAAGCUGCAGAGCAGGAAAAAGGCAUUGGAUCAGAGGAUGCCAGGAAAAAGAAGGAGGACGAACUCUGGGCCAGCUUCCUCAAUGAUGUGGGACCAAAAUCAAAAGUGCCCCCAAGUACACAAGUUAAGAAAGGAGAGGAGACCGAAGAGACAAGUUCAAGUAAAUUGUUGGUAAAAGAAGAGCUAGAGAAACCUAAAGAAACAGAAAAAGUUAAAAUCACCAAGGUGUUUGAUUUUGCUGGUGAAGAAGUAAGGGUAACUAAGGAAGUGGAUGCUACAUCUAAAGAGGCCAAAUCCUUCUUCAAGCAGAAUGAGAAGGAAAAACCACAGGCUAAUGUUCCUUCAGCUCUGCCAUCACUCCCUGCCGGGUCAGGGUUAAAAAGAUCAAGUGGCAUGAGCAGCCUUUUGGGGAAAAUUGGUGCCAAGAAGCAGAAAAUGAGCACCCUUGAGAAGUCCAAACUGGACUGGGAGAGCUUCAAGGAGGAAGAGGGGAUUGGUGAAGAACUGGCCAUCCAUAAUCGAGGGAAAGAGGGGUACAUUGAACGGAAAGCCUUCCUCGACCGAGUGGAUCACAGGCAGUUUGAAAUUGAGCGAGAUCUCAGGCUGAGCAAAAUGAAACCUUGAUGUUACGGGCUAAAUCAAGAGCAGCUUAAUCCUGUUUACAAUGUGAGCUUUUUGUGCGUCUGUGAAAUGUUUUACAGUGUUUCUCAUCAUCUGUUUCCCAGCAAGGUCUUUUUUUUUCUACAUUGAAGUUCUGUCUAUGUAUCUUAAUCACAAAUGGUUUCAUUCACUUUACUUUUAAAAAUUUGUCCUUAAAUGAAUAAAUAAAAUAAAAGUUGGUCCUGUGAGAGGAUAAUGAAGAUGACAA